AUGUCAAAUGUUACAGCGACAAAAAAUUUGAAGGCGUGGUGGAGGCAGUUUACGGCUAAAAAUGCGCCUGUUAAAAAAAGUGCUGACGGAAAAGGGAAAGGUGUUCGAGCAAUAUUUGGAGUUGAACUUGCAGAUGCUAUAGAAUAUGCGAGUAUACCAAUAUGUAUGGCAGGUCCAGACGGUCGACAAUAUGUAUAUGGCUAUAUACCGACAAUAGUCGCUAAAUGUGGAAUGUUUUUAAAACAAGAAGCAACUACAACGGAAGGCAUCUUUAGGCUUAGUGGAUCUGCUAAACGUAUAAAAGAAUUGCAGGCAAUCUUUGACUCUCCGCCAUCUUAUGGCAAAACGUUGACAUGGGUGGGUUAUUCCGUACAUGAUGCAGCAAAUAUACUGCGAAGGUACUUGAAUCAUCUACCGGAUCCAGUCAUUCCACAAAAACGUUAUGAAGAAUUUAGAUCGGUGCUUGAUCUUCUCGCGGUAUUCUCUUCAAAAUCUGAACAGAAUCUUAUGCCAUCGAAAAAUCUCGCCUCGAUAUUCCAGCCGGGCAUUUUGUCACAUGAAAGCCAUGAUAUGGCACCAGAACAGUAUAAGCUGUCGUCACAACCACCAAAUCUAAAUAAUCCUACUCCAGUACGAAGAAAUACACGGAGAUCAAGUUUCAGUUUGGAAAGAAACGAGAAAGGUGAAUUUGAACCUGCGUCUCCGGAUUCACCUCGUCAUCAAUCAAACACUACUACAGAUAACAACAACGACUCUGAUAAUAAUAACAGUAGUGUUUCACGUACAUCUACACUUGGCAGAAGUAAAACGUUACCAAGUAAUAUGAAAAAAAGACCUAAAAUUCGACAUCAGGGAUCGGGAGAAGGAGAAAAUGUUACCUCACCAACAACCAAUUAUUCGAACUCAGCAAAUAGAAAAAAUUCAAGAAACUUGAAGAGCCCGCAAAUGAACCCUCAAUUAUCUUCGGGAUCCUUAAUGUCAACGAAUACCAUAAGAUCGGGAUCAAGUCGAGCAACACAGCAACAACGUCGAUUAAGACAUCAUCCUAAAUCUUCGAGCACUAUUCGUUUCGGGUCAGAUGAAGCUUUUUCCAGACCACAUCCGAAAAGAUCUAAUUCCUCUAAUUCCGUACCCUUGCAUCCAGCACUAAGAGCUUCUUCUUCGAUGAUGAUUAAAUGUCAUUCUACAACGGAAUCGAUUCAUACAUCACCAUCGACAUCAAAUAUUGAUGAUCAUAAAGAAAACGAAAUUAUAUCAUCCUCUACAAAUCCUAAACGUCGACGAGCAGAUAACAAUAAACCCAAGAUCAUUGCAGAUAAUCCACAUCCUUCUACAAUUUCUGACAACAAUAAUAAAAAGCAAAUUAAGAAAAAAAAGCGAAAUAAUGGAAUCACAAAUGACAUCAAUACAAACGUUAGCAACGUCAAUCCUGUCAAUUUGUUAUCAUCCUCCCCGACUAAAGGAAAAGAAAAAACUCAAUUUUUUGUAGGAUUACGUAAGAAAAUUGGUCUUGGUGCUAGUAAUAGUGGAUACAGUGAUGGCUGCGGUGAAGAGAAACAAAAGUCAUAG